CAGAAAUAUCGAUGGUUGGAGUGAAUGCUUCGAGUGACCGUAUUUUUGACAAACGGGAAUUGGGAAAAUAAAAAAAAAAAUAGUAAAAUCCGGGGAUAUGCAACAACAGCAGCGGCAGCGGUAAUAAUUGUUGAUGAGCACUUGCUAUAGCGAUACCUUGAGCACGCGCAACCUGCCAUGGCAUCGCCCCAUCCGCAGCCGGGCCCGGAUCCGGAACAGGAGACGGGAAUCCCGCCCCAGCCGGCAGUGCACGGAAAACUGGAUGCCGUGGACCCGGAUCGCGUAUGCCGUGUCUGCCUUAGGGACGCCUCCCUGGACGGAGAGCUGCACUUCAUCUUCGCCGAGGUGCCCGUGGAGCAGGACGCCAACCUGGCCCGCAUCCUGGAGGAGUGCACAGUCCAUCCGUGCGAGAGGCAAGACGGGAUGCCAGCGCACAUGUGCGGUUCUUGUGCGGAGGCAGCGCGCAGCGCCUACCGUUUUAAGCGGGACGCGGAGCGUUCUUAUUGCUCCCUGGUAGCACUCCUGGGGCGGUCUCCCCAAGUCAAGGCUUCCGGCGCCGAGGCGUCCACCCAGACGGAGCAAGUGGCCCUGUUGUCGUGCGAGUUGUGCCACGACAAGUUCCUGAACAGCAUGGAUCUCCGUCUGCACCGAAACCGUGUCCACCGGACGGCAAGGGAGGACAAGGAAGAAGAGCUGAAGUGCAAGUUCUGUCCCCAGAGCUUCCCCCAUCUCCGGCAGCUGCGCAUCCACCUGGCAAAGAGCCACGAUCAGACCGCUCGUCUCCAGUGUGGCCACUGCCCGCGGACCUUCACCCGGAGCGACCAUAUGCUGCGCCACAUGCGCAACAUGCACAAUCGCUCGCAGGACGAUCUUCCGUCAGCCUGGCCGUCGGCGGACCACGAUGAGACCACUAUGGAGGGCGGGGAUGGCGACGAACUGGUCGCCGCUGAGGUCCUGCUCAACGAGGAGGGCGACGACCAUGAAGGAGCAACUGCCCUAGAGUGCAAUACCAACCCAAUCUCCAGCAACGAGGAGGAGGACGAUGACAACGACGAGGCCAAACAGGCGCUAUGGUUGCACAUCAAGCCGGAGCCCUGCCUGGAGGCUGAGGAGGUCGACCUGGUCGCCCAACUGAACCUCGAGAAGAAGCGCCGACGACGGGAGAAGGCUGUAGUCCCAGCCGAAGCCUCCGGGGAUGCCCAUGUAAAGAGCGAACCCAGCGGCGACUCGCAGAUGAGCAUCAAAGUGGAGAGGGCGGGAGACGAAGAUGCCUUCAUGGGCGGCGAGGACUUCCUGGAGCAUCUUCGGGCCGCCGGGGAACUGCCGCUUAGCGACGACGACCAGUUCUACAACUACGUCGAAGAGGAGAGCUGUCUGGAGGACGACGAUGACGAGGAGGACGAUGAGGGCGAUGGCGAGGAUGACGACGAGGCGCCGAGCCGAGGGUUCCGGCUAAAGCAGGAACCGCUGAAGGACGCCGGCGGCCGUUUGGGGAAAAAAGGAAAGCGACGGCGUCGCCGCAAAAAGGAGGGUUCACCCACCUCCAAUCCGGAGAACCGGUGUGAGGUGUGCCAGCGCACCUUUUCGCGCCACUGCCACUUGCUGCGCCACAAGCUGUCGCAUCUGGAGAAGAAGCCCCACAACUGCCCGCACUGCCCGAAGGCGUUUGCGCGCAGCGAUCACCUGAAGGCGCACGUCCAAAGCCUGCACAGCAACAAGGAGCACAAGUGCAGUCUCUGCGAGGCGGCGUUCGCCCGUCCCGACGCCCUGGAGCGGCACAAACUGAGCAAGCACAACGGCGAGGGCCUGGAGCCGGGCAGCGAACUGAAAAUGCAACUGGCGGAGCAUACCUGCGAGUACUGUUCGAAGCGCUUCUCCAGCAAGACUUACCUGCGUAAGCACACCCUGCUUCACACCGAUUUUCUGUACGCCUGCAAGAGCUGCGACGAAACGUUCCGGGAGCGAGCGCAGCUGCGGGAGCACGAGAAGACCCACACCGGGCAGAGGAACUUCCUUUGCUGCAUUUGUGGCGAUAGCUUUGCCCGAAACGACUACCUCCGCGUCCAUAUGCGGCGCCACAACGGCGAGAAGCCCUACAAGUGCCGUUACUGCGUCAAGGCCUUCCCCCGGGCCACCGAUCUCAAGGUCCACGAGCGCUACCACACGGGCACGAAGCCAAAUCUGUGCAACACCUGCGGCAAGAGCUUCCACCGGGCCUACAACCUGACCAUCCACAUGCGCACCCACACCGGUGAACGGCCCUACAAGUGCGACCAGUGCCCCAAGAGCUUCACGCAGAGCAACGACCUCAAGGCGCACAUCCGUCGGCAUACGGGCGAGCGCUACAAGUGUCCGCACUGCGACACCUACUUCCUGCAGCUGUACAACAUGCGCAACCACUGCCUCACCGCCCACAACAAGCACAUCGAGACGAAGACGGGUCGCCUCCAGCGUACCGGUCUCCUGGAGGAGAGUGGGCAGUCGCAUCUCACGACGGUGGUGAUGCCGCCGGCUCGCUAUCCCGCCGGUUCUGAUCCCCAGCUGUCGGCCGCAAUCGGAGCCGACAACUCCUCCUCCACCACCGUCAUCCACUCGCCGGGCGCGUAUCAGAAUAGUGGCGUUGCUCCAGGGGUACUGGCACCGGGAAACACUUCCUCGUCUGUGGCGGCGGGAAAUACUCUGGACGGGAACAGCUUCGCGCCAACGGCGGUGAAUGCGAGCGCACCGUUUGGCGCCUUUAACUUCCCUCCCGUCGUGAUGGCGCAUCUCAUGUACAACCACGGCGGCAGUAGCCAGCACAGCCAGAGCGGUAGCGACACCGCCAAAUAGCUGUGCUCCGACGGCAGACCGACCCACUGCAUCAUCCGAACUCACACAACUAUUCCAGUGUAGUCUUAAGCUUCCAUCUGUACAUAGCCGAGGCAGGUGGCUGCCCAACGAAGUGUACAUCACAGGCGCAGGACCAGGCACCAGGACCUGGCCUGUGCUCUCUUUUAACGUGUUAAUUUGUAUUUAAUAGUCGAAUAGGAACUGCCUGCACCUCCGAGUGCAGUGCGGGCGGUUGGUACAAUUUUUUAAAUCAUACAUCCGUGUAUAGUGUGGUUCGUAGGAGAGUUUGCUUCUAACCCCCGGAUGUUUUAUUGAUGAGCAAAAUAAAUACGGAAAACCCAUGUA